AAAUGACAUAAAUAUCCUUCAUGCAUCAUAGUCAUCACACUCAUGAUUACUAUAUAUAACCACUAAAAAAGACUUUGAAAAUAAGUACUUUGAUCAAACAACAAAAUGCAUUUGAAAACCUACCAAAUUGUUGUACUUGUUGUGUUGUUAUUUAUAUCUAUAUCUACUGCCACUAAAUUAGGUGGAAGAAAAACCCUUGAUAACCAAAUGUCUAGUACAAGUCCAAGUGGAGAUAGUGGUGCAGCCCAUGGUCCAAACUGGGACUACAGUUGGGGUUACGGCUCGAGCCCCGGGGGCGGGUGGGGUUAUGGGUCAGGCUCGGGCCGGUCCCCUAAUGGUUUUGGUAAGGGUUAUGGAUUUGGUUUUGGUUCUGGGACUGGGGGUGGUAGUGGGAGUGGGUGGGGGUCUGGUUAUGGGUCUGGUGGUGGUGGAGCUCAUGGGGGUGGGCACGGUGGUGGCGGCAGUGGCGGUGGUGACGGCGGAGGACACGGUCCCGACAACCAUGUAUAAGUUGGCUGCAGCUGGUUUGAAGAAAUCUAUGUAUGCUUUAAUAUAUAGUGUAAUAAAUUGAUGGUUCAACAAGGUGUGUCUUUGCAACCUACAUGUGUCAUGCUAUGUAGUAUGGUGUGCAAGUGUGUUUGUGAUUGUGUUUAUAUGUGUGUUAUAUAUAUAGGUAGGAUCAUCCUAAUGUUAUGUUAUAUAUUAAAGUGUGUUUUUCUAGUGUUUUUUCUUCAUAAAUCGUACAAGUAUAGAUUACAGAUUCUCCUAAUGUUAUUGAUUAUUAACUUUGGUGUU